ACGUUAAACUUCUUCAUUAACGACCACCAGAACAGUGUCGAGUUCCUCAAGACGUCCUACAACUUUGGUUCGUUCUCGAAGUUGGUUGAGUUCCUGGACUUCAGGGACCGACUCUCGAACAGUUUGCAAUUUACGCUUAUUUCGGUUGAGGCCUUGCUUCUGGAGAUGGUGUGCUUCAGCGGCACUCUGGCACAGAAUCUGGCCGCCUAUCGAUUGAUGCGGAUCAAGCCACAAGAGGAUCGGAUCAAGUGGGACGAGAUGAGCGACAAUCGCGACUUGACGAUAUUCGUUCACUGGGAUCCGGUGGUGGACUAUUCUAAGGUACUCCCACCGGAGGGCGCCGAAUCCGUGCUGAAAAACAACGAGAACUACGCCAUCGUGCUGGAGUCCAAGACGGUCGAACAGCUGCGUGAAGAAUGCCAGAAGGAAAGUUUCAUGCAGGAACUGGAACUGCUCCAGCUGCGUUCGGGCUUGCUGAGGCUGGUUUCCUCAUUCGUCGAACUGUUCACCAAGGGAGGCGACGACGAGUACCAAACGGCACAGGACCUAGGCAGCCACUGGGACGAACUGUUCCGAACGGUACGAGCCAAGAACCGACUGCCGGCUUGCGAACGAUUUCUAGUCAAUUUACUACCGUCUCGGCUGCACUCGGUGCUGGCGAUGCCGUACGAAACCGUUUUUCGAGAUUUGGCCAGCUUUUUGCUGGCGCUGUGGAAGGGCGAAAAGCACGAACAGAUCCGAUCCGGAGCGGAGGGAUGCGUGAAGCACGUCAACGAACUGUUCGCGCUGAUUGCGAGCUCGAUCAAGACGUACAACACCUCCGUAGAUUUACUGUGGAAUCGGAAGAAGGUUCACGACACGGUGAAUGCCUGCGUUGAGAUUGCAUCGCUGAUUCUGUUCGUGAUGACCGUAUGUUUCGACAAGUACUCACAAGCGCCUGCACCGCAGCCUACGCGAAAGGUCAAAAAGAAGGAUUCAGAACAGAACAAUCAUGAGCCCGCGGUGGUCCUCAUGACGGACAAGAACCGACUGCAGCUGGUGGUGGAUGUGCUGCGAGCGCUCAAAACGAAUCUGGUGGACUGUGAAGCGGUGCUUUGUAAGUAUAACAUGGAUUUUCUUGCUCGACAUGGCCGAUGUAAAGAACAUCCAACUGCACAACAUCAAAAAUUGUCACACUAGUUAUGGUAGUCUUUC